AUGGGGACGGAUGACAAGGAUGUGUCUUUGAAUGAUGCAAGCUCGAAGCCCCAAAUCACCGUAAACGAAUUGGAUCGUCAAGCACCCGUCCGUUAUGUCGGUGACGGCAACGAGGAGCAAGCAUACGAUCGUACUGAUGGCCAGGCGAUGCUGGGCAAGAAGCUCAGCACGCUCGGGGCGACUGCUCUGGGUUACACGACGCUUGCAACGUGGGUGGCGUACUCAGCGACUUCUGCCACCGCUCUCGCAAGCGGAGGAGCCAACGUGCUCGUAUGGGGUCUCGUCAUUGUCGCCUUCUGCAACACGGCUGGGUGCAUCACGAUUGCUGAACCUGCAUCCCAGUUCCCGUGCGCAUCGGGCCAAGCGGCCUGGGUGUAUCGCCUACACGGCCGACUGCUAUCGUACAUCACGUCUUGGCUCGUGCUGCUAGGCUACCUGUUCCUCAGCGUUGCGGGCGAGGUCAUGGUGUCGACAAUAGUGCUGGCCAUGAUCAACCUCACGUUUCCUGGGUACGUGAUCCAAAAAUGGCAUGUGUCGGUGUGCAUGAUCGCAACUGCUACGUUUGUCUUUUUGGUAUCGGCGUUUGGCAGCAAGUUCGUAUCGCGCCUCAACGUGUUUGCGUUCACCUGGUCUACGGUGGGGCUGCUCGCGGUUGUCUUGACGCUGCUGAUCCAGACACGGGGCAGCUACAACACGGUGGAGUUUGCACUGGUGGACAUCACCAACCUGUCCGGGUGGAACAACAACUUUGUUCCUUGGGUGCUUGGCCUCUCUCAAGCUGCGCUCGCCACGACGGCCAUGGACGCAGCGUGUCACUUUUCGGAGGAGAUGUCUGACCCUUCAAGACAAGUUCCGAUCGCCAUCUUCGGCUCGUUUGGGACGAGCGUAGUGAUCACUUUGGGGUACUCGUUGGUGCUGGUCUUCACGCUGCCUCCGCUCGAAGAGAUCAUCUCGACGCCGACGGGGUUCCCAUUCGCCGAAAUGCUGCGCAUCAAGACGUCACGAGAGGGAGCUAUCGUACUGUUGCUGAUUCCACUGGUGGCGAUGCUGAUCACGGUGACGGAUGUGGUCAUGGCGACGAGCCGUUGCAUCUACGGGUUUUCUCGACAGAGCGGCUUCCCGCUGUCGCACUACUUUGGCAAGAUCAACGGCAGGUUCGACUCGCCGGUGCGUGCGGGAGUGCUAUCGCUGGUGGUGCAGAGCCUGAUCUGCCUGAUCUACAUCGGCAAUCAGGCGGCGUUCAACGCUCUAAUCUCGGUGCCCACACUGCUUCUGGCGGUGUCUUAUUCGAUUGUCGCCUACGUCUGCUUGGUAGCCAGGCGCAAAGCCGGACAAAAGGACGCAAGCUGCUCCACGGACCAGGCGAGCCAAGACGACAAGACGAGCGAGGGAAGCGAGUGCGACAGUGCGUGGGAGCCACGGUUCAAGAUGGCCACGUGGGUGACGGUCUCUUCGAACUUACUCACCAUCGGGUUUACGAUUUUGUUGUGUGUCUUCCUAUCGUUGCCGCCUACGUGGCCUGUGACAAGCGCCAACAUGAACUACACCUCGGUGUUUCUGGUUGGCAGCUUUAUCGUGCCGGGCGUAUGCUGGAAACGCUACCGGAGAGUCUAUCAAGGACCACUUGUACAUUGA